AUGAAAGAUACCGUCCAAAAAGAUGAGACUGAUAGUCAAGAAAACCAAACCAAAAAAAUAGAAAAUGACAGUGCAUUAAAUAGUAUUCAGCAUAGCACUAAACCGAAAAUAAUUACUAGAUCUAAGAUAAGAAAUUCUGGAAGCAUACAAACAGUUUCUGAUGCUGCAAAUUCUAAAUACAACCCUGAAAGACGUGAUGAGAUAAAACAGAAAAAGACAAAGAUCUCCCGAGGAACUCGAAACGAAACCAAGAAAAGUAUAACUUCUAUUGACAAAAAAAGAAAAGAUGCAGCCGAAAGGAAAAGAAAACAAAGAGAAAGAAUUAAAGCCGAUAUUAAUAAAUAUGAAUUGUACAAAAACGCAGAAAAAGUAAGAAGUCGCAAAAGAAUAGAAGAGGGGAAGAUUAAAAAUAUUGAUGAUAUGUCUGAACGGGAAAAAAGGGCACAGAGAAAGCUGUGGCGAAAAAGUUAUCAUCGUUGUAAAAAUAAUCUCAAAAAAAGGAAAGAUGAAGAAUUAAUAAGACAACAAAAUACACCACCCGCUUCCGAUGCAGAGGAACCAGUUUUUGUAGACAUUCAGUUGCAAAAUGCUGCUGUAAGAAGUUUACAUCGAAAUGCCGUCUGA